AUGCCGAGCACCGGGCUGUGCUGGUUGCUCCCCGGGCUGCUCUGCUCGCUGCUGCCGGUGGGUGCGCGGCGAUCCGGGGACGUCGCGGCUGCAGAGAGUGUCCGGCGGGCCAGGUGCACUUCGCGCUGCCUGGCGCUGCACAUCGCGCACCUGAGCGCCAGCUUCAGGACUCUCCAGAAUGAUGAGAUUCUAACUUGGUGCGAAGGCCACAGGAGGUGCACCCAGUGUCUACAACCUUGCAAGGAGUUGUGGGAUACGAAUAAAAAACAAUGUCAGCAACAGUGUGAGAAACACCAUGAAUGUUUGACCAGCUGUGAGUUUUUGAAAUCCAUUCAAACAGUGAAACAAGGUAACUGUCCAGCACCCCAGAAAGCCUCUGGCUUUGCUGCAGCUUGUAUCCAAAGCUGCAAUGAAGAUACCGAGUGCCCAAGUAUGAGGAAAUGUUGUCCAAAUGGCUGUGGUCAAACUUGCCAAGCACCAACAAAUAUGUUCAAAGGGGUCCCCUUAAAGCCCAGGAAAGAAUUGAGUUUUAUAGAAGACAAAAAUGGGAGGCUGUCAGUAGCAUGGAUGUCGAGGUUUAAUGUUUCUAUGGAACCAGUAUUUUAUAUACUGCAGAGAAGAUGGAAUUCAGGAAUGUAUCCAAGUGAAGAUGAUGCUAGCAAAUGGGAGACGGUUGCUUACACAACAGAGGAGCAUGUUGGUCUGAAAAAUCUGAGACCAAACAUAUGGUACCAGUUCAGAGUGGCUGCAGUCAACAUUCACGGAACUCGAGGUUUCACCACCCCCAGUAAACACUUCCACUCAUCCCGAGAUCCUUCACCACCAGCUGCACCAAGUAAUUUGAGGAAAGGCAACUUCACUGCAAGGCACAAUGGUGCUUUCAGUCUGAGAAUUCACUGGGAUCCACCGCAAGAGAAAGAUCUUUACAUUCACCAUUACAAAAUGUACUGGAGUCAAUGGGUUUCUAGGAAAACUGUUUUUCUGACAAAGAAAGAAAACUGGAAGAUAAUUGACGGAGUAAAUGAAGUUGAAAUUGAAGAUCUUCAACCAAACACGCAAUAUCUGGUCCAAAUACAGGCAGUGGCCAAUUGGGGACAAAAACACUUAAAGAGCAGCAAAGCCAUGUUUUUCUUUACUACUCCUUCCACAGACAUCCGAACAAGUCAUGCUACCCCUUCGACAGAAGUGUCCAAUGAACUUCCACCUAUUCAUCAGAUGUUUGAUGUUGGAAGUCUAGAGGCAGCAGCCCCCUAUUACCACGGCAACCAACUGCAAGUUAAAGUGCAUUGGAAAAAAGCAAAAGAAGAGAGUCUCAAGGAUCACAAUACCUAUCUGCUAACAUGGGUGCCAGAAUCCUGUGCCAAGAACAGUUCACAAAUACAACAUCAUGCAACUGUCAAGGGCACUCACUUCAUUAUCAGUGGUCUCUUGUUUGCUUGUGAAUAUAAAGUGACUGUGCAACCCAUCAUUCUCCAGGGGCAGGCACCACAGGCCGUGACCUAUGUGACAACUCCUCCCUGCAGCAGUUCAGUUAAAGCCAAAGUGUUAAAACGCCUAUUUUGUGCAAAAAAUGGUCUUCGCCAGACAUCCAUUAAAACUUCUGGAAAAGUUACAUUAAAAGCUGAAAAACUAACUGCUUCUUUUUUUGCCAAAAAUGGCACAGUCAGUGGAGAGUUUCACUGGCAGGUUUCACCAAGCCAACGUCAUCAGCUAGUCACUGGGUACCAAAUGAAUUGGUCAGAGAUAUCUACAGCUAACAGACCUGUUGUCAUGCCAGACAAGGCCAUUUCCCAAUAUCAAAUACUGUCACCAGAUCAACCUUUUACAACAAUCCCCAAUCUUCAGCCUUCGACAACAUAUUGGAUUCAGGUUCAAAUCCUGACUACAACAGGGAAAGGCCCAGCAACUGUUAAAAUUUUUCAAACUCCACAAGUUUACAGCAUGGCCUUAUAA